AUGGGGCCAAGGGACCAUGUGGGCAGGGGCCUCCUUGUCAGAGGCUGUGGGAAAGGGAGAGAGAAUGGAGGGGAGAUGCCCACGGGGUUCGAAAUGUGUAGAGAUCCCUUGGUCAACCUGACUGGAGCUAUAGAAAUUGAGGUGACCAGAGAGUCCCUGGAAGUCGCCUUGAAGCAGCUGAGCUGUCCCUUUCCAUGGCACUUAUCCAAGGAAGAGAGAAGCCUUGAGAACUUAGAGGAGAAGAUCAUGCGCAUUGGGUUUCUCUGCCCAGAAUCCAAAGUGUCUGAGCAGCAUGUCCUGGCCUACCUGAAACACCUGCAGAGCCAUCACGAGGAAGCCCUGAGCUGCCUCAAGCGAUCCGAAGAGCUCACCCGGAUGGAGCAUGGCGGCCAGGUGGACGUCAGGAACCUGGUCACGUGGGGCAACUACGCCCGGUUGUGCUACCACAUGGGCCGGCUGGAGGAGUCCCUCACCUACCUGGACAAGGUCGAGCAGACGUGCAGGAAGCUCGCAAACCUGCACAGGAUCGACUGCCCAGAGAUGGACUGUGAGGAAGGCUGGGCCAGGCUCAAGUGCAGCCACUGCUACGCAGACCGGGCCAAGGCCUGCCUGGAGAGGGCUCUGGAGAGGCCCUCCAGCCGGGAGCUUCUUGUGGGCUUGGCCAUUGCCAGCUGUGGUCAGGACGGGGUCGGCAGAUGCUGGAGGCAACCAUCUCUCACCCUACUGAGGCAGACCAUUGAGCUGGAUCCUGACAAUGGUUUCCUUAAGGUGGUCCUGGCCUUGAAACUGCAGAAAAUGAGAGCUGAAGCCUUGGGGGAAAAGUUCGUGGAAGAAGCCCUGGAAAAAGCCCAAUCUCUAGAGAUCUUCCGGCUAGCUGCCAAAUUCUACCGGAACCAGGGCUCCUUGGAAAAGGCCCUCGGCCUGUUUGAGAAGGCCUUGGAAUGUCAGCCCGCUGCCACCAGCUUGCUCUACCACCAGGUUGGGUGUUGUUACCAGACCCUGGCCAGGCAACUCCUGCACAGAGAUGAGGUGGAGAAUCUGUGGGACCCUGUGACCUGAAAGAGGGUGCAUGAGCUAUGGGCCCGGGCCAAGGAGUAUCUGGAAAAAGCCAUGGAGAAGGAUGUCUGCUACCCUAAUAUGUAUUCUGACCUGGCUUCCGUGUAUGCCAUGCUGGGCGACCAUAAGAAGGCUGAAGCCACCUAUCAAAAAGUGUGGGUUGUGGGGCAGCUCAUGGACCAGGAGCAGCAGCAGGUCCACCUGUGCUAUGGCAACUUCCAAGAGUAUUUCUGCAGGGAGGAAGACGUCACCAUUCGCCAUUAUCUAGAAGGUGUGAACAUACAAAAGUGUGAGAAAAUGAAGUCCAGACUGCAAAAACUGCGGGAAUACCAACAGCCAUCCUUGCAGGACUUGAGGCUGCUGGGGUUCUUGGCCAAGAAGAAUGAAGACCAGUCCCUGGCCACGGACUACUAUGAGAAGGCUUUGGGCACCCUGCUCCAACCCUCCACCUCAGGCAUUGGAAGUCUCUUCCUCUCUCCUUGCUCUCCAGAGCCAGAGAGAGAUGGGUGCCAAGGGCCCCAUGAUGGGGUUGCCUCUGUGCUCAGCGGGGAGAACAAAACCCAGCAAGAAAGACCGGAGCCACGGCUGACUGUGAAGAUGGGUGGGUGUCUAGGGAGAGCCAGCCCUCUCCUCCAAGGGCCUAGGAACGGUGCCUCUUUUGCACUUCCUUGGGGUGAAGAAUAUGGAGCAAGGACUGGUGGUUCAGGAUGA